AUCUAAAAUGAUGAUUAAAUUCAAGAAAUUUAAAUUAUAAAUCCGACUCUAAAAAGAGGGAAAUUCAAUUUAAAAAUCUACGUCCACUACUGGUUUCUACUCAUGCGUUCUACUUGUCUUUUUAGCCCCACUGGGCCACUAUGACUUGUCUGGAAUAUUGAAAAAAAUAUUACAAAGUCAAAACACAAAAAUAUUUUUAUUUUAUCAAUUUUCACGUGUGUUGACCGACCCCUUAUAAUUCAAUCUUUGACCAAAAAAACAAAAAAAAUCAAAUGAAAAAAAAUAAAAAGUAUAUCAAUAAUUAAGAAAAUGAUUCUUUUCUUGUGCAUCUCCCUUUGCUUUUUCCAUUCAAACUUGAUCUAUAAAUAUUUAGCCACUUUCUUUUACCACCUUUGAUUACAUUCAUUCAAAAAAUAAAAAAUAAAAAAUCUCUGUCCUUUCCCCCCUCUUCUCAUAUUAUAUAUUGUUAGAUUCUUCUUCUUUAUUUUUUUCUAUCAUAUAUAAAAAAUAUGGAAGAAGUAGAAAUACCUAAAUAUUUUUUGUGUCCAAUAUCUCUCCAAAUAAUGAAAGAUCCGGUUACAACAGUUACUGGAAUUACAUACGAUAGGGAAAAUAUUGAAACAUGGUUAUUGAUGGCAGAGGAAAAGACAUCUACGUGUCCGGUGACAAAACAAAUUUUGCCUAGAGACACCGCGUUGUUAACACCAAAUCAUAUGUUAGGGAAAUUUAUACGAUCGUGGACCAUAUGCAAUGCUGAAAAAGGGAUUGAGCAAAUUCCAUCGCCUAAAUAUCCUCUCAAUAAAUCACAUGUCAUCAGGCUAAUUCGUCAGGUGAAAAAUCGCGAUCUUUAUUUAGAAGCUUUAAGGAAAAUGGUGACUAUGAUAAGUGAGAAUGAGGAAAAUAGAAAGUGUUUAGAUGAAGGUGGUGUGAUCAAGGCUAUGGUUUUAUUUAUACUGAGGAGUUUUAAAGAAGGGGAAUUAGUUAUGGGAAUUGAAGAAGCUUUAAGGAUUUUUCAUUUUGUUUGGAGACCAACACAUGAAAACAAACAACUUGUUAAGGAAAAUCAUGAUCUAAUUGAAGCUAUUUUAUGGAUUUUGAAGAGUCGCGAAGUGUGCUACGAUAAUAAUCAAGUUGUAACAUCAAUCAAGACUCAUGCAAUGUUGGUACUGAAAAAUGUGAUCUCAGUUUCAAGUACAAAUGUUUUAUCGAGUCUAACACCUGAAUUUUUCCAACAAAUGUUGAAUAGUUUGAGGAAAAACAAUGUAAAAUACAUUUGUCAACAAGCCACAAAAGCAGCGUUACAUGUGCUAAUAGAUACUUGUCCAGGGGGACGAAACAGGCUGAAAAUGAUCGAAUUAGGGGCUGUUUUCGAGCUAAUUGAGCUCGAAUUAAGCAACAAUGAGAAAAGGGUAAGUGAGUUAGUGUUUUCACUUUUGUCACAUUUGUGUAGUUUAGCUGAUGGAAGAGCAGAGUUACUAAAACAUGCAGCUGGAAUUGCAAUUGUUUCUAAAAAGAUACUUAGGAUUUCACCAGCAACAGAUGAAAGUGCAAUUCAAAUUAUUGGAUUGAUUGCCAAGUUUUCAGCUACAAAAGAAGUGUUGAUGGAAAUGUUAAGAGUUGGGGGAGUGACAAAGUUAUGUAUGGUGAUUCAAGCAAAUUGUGAAGCAAGUUUAAGGAAAAAAGCACUGGAAAUAUUAAGGGCACAUAAUAAUGUUUGGAGCAACUCUCCAUGUGUACAAAUUUAUUUUUUGACAAGAUAUCCUGGUCAAUAGAUCUAUUUUUGUUAUGAUAACUUGUAGAAAUUGUAGCAACAUUUAUAUGCUUUUUAUUCUCUGCAUAACAAUAUGCAAAAUAUACAUUGAAACUUCAUUUUAGUACAAGUUUUAUUAUAUACUACUAUAUUCACAGUCA